ACGUUAGUCGAGCGCCACCCACCUCUCUGACAACGUGUGUCUCUCGUACGCAAACGCGGCACUUGGCAAAUUGUAUUUAAAGAAUCUGAACACCCCGGAUCUCACAGAAUUGUGUAGUCUAUUAUCUGUAUUAAAAGAAUUCUCUCUCUCUCUCUCUCUCUCUCUCUCUCUCUCUCUCUCUCUCUCUCUCUCUCUCUCUCUCUCUCUCUCUUCUUCGGACAAUUUUUCUUUUUCUAAAACAAAAAGAAAAAAUAUUAAAUAUUUUGUUAAAUCUCUCAAAGUGUUGCUUCAACUAUUCCUCCUAUCGACGCGAAAAGAAUCUUUUUGAAAAAUGUCUUGCCCAGUGAGCAAUAUUGUGAAGGAUAAUCACAAUCGGGAUGAUCAGAUACAACAGGGCGAAUUAGUACAAGGACCGGCGUUGAACUAUAGCGAGUAUCUGCUUUUAGACAAAGUCUUGUCCGCGCAAAGACUUCUUAGCGCCGAAUACGGCAAUGAAGUUCACGAUGAGCACCUCUUUAUUAUUACUCAUCAAGCGUACGAGCUUUGGUUCAAGCAAAUUAUUUUCGAGCUCGAUUCCGUUAGGGCGCUUUUCAGCUCCGAAUCCAACAAUUGCAGCGUGUCUAACGGGUCUUUUAACGAUCAUUCGGGCGCCAACCAGGAUAAUGGAAUCUCUCAUGUCUUGAACGAAUCGAAAACCCUGGAGAUUCUGAAACGAUUGAAUCGCAUUGUGCUUAUCCUAAAGUUACUGGUGGAGCAAGUGACGAUUCUGGAAACGAUGACACCGCUGGAUUUUAUGGCGUUCAGACACUUACUGUGCCCAGCCUCGGGUUACCAAUCGCUGCAAUUCCGUCUGUUGGAGAAUAAACUGGGCGUAAAACAGGAGCACAGAAUCAAAUCUAAUUAUCUGAAGAUCUUCGGGAAAAAUAGCGAGGUUGUCGAGGCGAUCAAGCAAUCGGAGGAGGAGCCCAGUCUCAGUACUCUGGUUCAGAAUUGGUUGAGCCGGACGCCAGGGCUCAAGACGCACGACUUUGAUUUCUGGGGAAAAUACAAACGAUCGGUGGAAAAGAUGAUAGCCGAACAAGAACAAGCCAUACAUAAAUGUUCAGAAGUGAAGGAAGACAUGAAAAAAUAUCACUUGGACAAUGUGCAUGUACGACGAUCAAUUUUCGACACCAUCUUUGACGAAUCACUCCACAACGCUCUUUUAUCGCGUGGGGAACGCAGAUUUUCACAUGGUGCCCUACAGGGAGCAAUAAUGAUUACUCUGUAUCGGGAUGAGCCACGAUUUAGCCAGCCACAUCAGAUCCUUACGGCGCUAAUGGAUAUUGAUUCUCUAAUUACAAAAUGGAGGUAUAAUCAUGUUAUCAUGGUACAAAGGAUGAUCGGAUCUCAACAAUUGGGCACUGGUGGCAGCUCUGGUUAUCAGUAUUUAAAGACCACGUUAAGCGACAGAUACAAGGUCUUUCUGGAUUUGUUCAACUUGUCGACCUUCUUAGUACCCCGUCACAUGAUCCCGCCGUUAACAAAGGAAAUGAAAACAAAAUUAUCAAUUGCUUCAUCCGACUGGAACACAGACGUAGAGCAAGACGAAUUAACGAAUUCUUUAAGUAAUUCAUAAAUGAGCGUAUUCACAAAACUUUAUAAAGUUGUAAUAAGUUUUACAUUUUUAAACUUAAUAUCAUAUAGCCAAUGUAUAUUAUGUACGUACGCUAAUGCAACAAUUAGAUAUUAUUUAGACGAAUGUUUAAACACGAAUCUCUUUAAGAGCUUUAACACUCGAAUUAAAUUCCAAAGAUCCAUUUUUAUCCAUAUUAAUUAACUUUAGAUUGUUAACGAGGGUUGUUAGAUUGUUAAUAAGUUUAUUUUUUAUCUUUUCCUAAUUUUAAGAAUUAGAAAGAUAUAGAGUAAAUUAAAUUAAAUUAUUAAAUUUAUAUAAAUAAAUAUAAAUAAACUUAAUAUGCAUGAUUCUUAGAAUUAAUUUACGAUAGGUUUUAAAAUUAAAAGCUGAAAGAGCAAAUAUUUGAAAAUCAUUAAAAGAAAUAUUUCUAAUUUAUGAAGUUUACUAGACAAAAUGAUCCAAGAAAAAAGUCAAUAUCUCAAACUGAUUUACAGUAACGGAUAGUUAAAAAAAAAAGUUUAUUUGGCUACAUAACUCACUCUCUCUUCUCUCUCUCUCUCUCUCUCUCUCUCUCUCUCUCUCUCUCUCUCUCUCUCUCUCUCUCUCUCGAAGAUUGUAAAUAUUACUAUCUCACAGAUUAACUUUUCCUCUUGGAUCGUCAUUUAUUAAAGUGAUAGUGGUAGACUUCUAAUACAACAAGUACGAGUAUAGUUAACAUCACUCUGUCAAAUAUUUAAUAAAAUAUUUUAUUAAACAG